GAGAGAGAAAUAAUGAGAAAGAAAGAGAGAGAGAAAGACAGAGAGAAAGAGAGAGGGACAGAGCGUUGGCAGGAAUGAAGUGCAGCCUCAGCAGUAGAUAAGCAGUGUGACGACUUCAGUUCCUCUAUCAGUGUGGGAUUAACACAUGACUAAAUCAGCGCAUUUCCAUUUCACAACAGAACACAGGCAGAAAAAGAUGAUGAUGUGUGUGUGUGUGUGUGUGUGUGUGUGUGUGUGUGUGUGUGUGUGUGUGUGUGUGUGUGUGUGUGUGAGAGAGGAAAACGAUGGAGAAAGGACAGUGAUGAAGUCUGCUGAAGGUGGGGGCUGUGAUAAUUCCCUACAUGCACACAGAGGAAAGGGAAGAGGAUUUGGCUCACGAGUGGAGGGAAAAAACUGAAAGAAGUAGAAAAAAAACCCCAAAAGACAGAGUGAGUGAGCGAAAGAGAAAGAGAGAGAGAGAGCGAGAGCGAGAGAUACGGUGGUUGAGGGAGAAGUUGAAAGCGUCACACAUGCUAGCUUUGUGAUUACGGCCAGGUCUAAUCCACCGAGCUCCUGCGGCUCACUGACAAAAUGAAGGACGAACAAAACCACAUCGGUUUCGCAUCCUGAGUGACGCAUCGCCGAUGUUGCCUUUGUUUCUUUCCCCUCGCACGUGGUCACAUGAUCACCACUAACGCACAUUAGCUAGCACACAAUAAUUAACCUAGUUUUUUGUUGUCACGCGAUUCGAUGCAGCGAGUUUGCACUAGGAUUUCAGGCUAUAAUACAAUAAAACCAUUUGACCGCGAGCUUAAAUUUUGAGAGACGUUAUGCUCAUUAGCACGUUCUGCGUAUCGACGGCGUCCAGGCUAACAGACGUUUCCUGCACCGUCAACUUCAGUGAUCAUCAAAGCUUUCGAACAUUUUUCAAAACUUUUACCAGACUUUCUAAUUGAGCACCGAAAAACUUUUAGUCUAUUUAAAUUAAGCAUUUUUCAUAAAAUAAAUCCGAUUUUGCAGCCUAUGGAUUUUAUUCUACACCCCAUAAAAGAGGGAAAAAAACAAGUUGUGCGAUUCUUUUCGUCCGUGCCACACAGCAGGAUGCGGAGAUGAACACAGGGUCGGCGCAGCGCAAAAACCGAGACGAAUGGCGAUGAUGUGGACGGAAAAUGGAAGGAGAUGCAGCCCUCGAGGUUCCUAGCUGACUUGUCCAAGUGUGUGUGUGUGUGUGUGUGUGUGUGUGUGUAUGUGUUUGCUUGGGGUGUUUGUUCGUGUGUGAUGUCAUCGGACAGUGCGCUUCUGCCCCGGUGAUAAUAAGUGACACGGACCGUAAUUGAAAAGAAAAUAAGUGAAGGCUUGAGGCUAUCUGUGUGUGUGCGUGUGUGUGUGUGUGUGUGUGUGUGUGUGUGUGCACAAACACAAACAAGCACACACACGGAUCACAUAACUCGCCUCAUAGACACAGACAAAGAAAAAGAGAUACACAAAUUCCCAGUACACAUAAUUACCCCAAAGCCGGACUACAUUCUGUUUCACAUUUAAACACACACACACACACACACACACACACACUUUCUUUUUUUGUGUGAGGAGAGACAGAGAUUAGCCGCUGCCUGAAGCAAACGCCAUGACAGCGUGGCGUCUGCUGAAGAGAUUAAACCCGGAUUAAACAACUGUGUGUGUGUGUGUCUGUGUGUGUGUGUGUGUGUGUGUGCUUUUGUUUAGCUCCGCACACCCUCGGGCAAACACACAUUUUUAGUAGCGUAUCGCCUCAUCGAGGUUACUUCACGCAUUAUUUACGCAGCGAGAACACGGGCAGCAUUGUGCGCUAUAAUGCUGCCUGUUACGGAUUGCGUGCCUCGUAUCUGAAAACGUGUGUGUUUGUGUGUGUUGCAGGCCGAGCCUGGCUGGAGAGGAAGGUUACCCGACCCGGAACAACAGACUCGGGUAUGGUGUGGGUCGUCAUGGUUUCCCUUUGCACCGUCUCCCACCUCCGCUCCGUAGCUCCUCUUGUGUAUUAUCUUGUUUUUUUGUUUUUUUUUUUUACUUCUAAUCCACAGCCCCGCCCUCUGUCCUCCAUCCAUAUUCAUCACCUUUACCCCUAAUGAAGACUGGAGUGCGGCGUGUAGGGAGGGAGAGACGCAGACACGGGCCUUUGAACUCCCACAAAGAGAGUGAGAGAGAGAGAGAGAGAGAGAGAGAGAGAGAGAGAGAGAGAAAGAGAGAGAGAAAGAGAGAGAGAGAGGGACAAAGCUCACGAGAGCUCACGAUGAUAUAUGGAAGAAGAGAAGAGAAAGAAAAAAAGGCAUGAGACGGCCAGAAAGAGACAAUCGCACGUCCCGUCUCUUGUGCGGAGAGAAAAGGAGAUGGCGUUGAUGGAUAGAAAAGAGGACAGGAGAAGAAAGGCGUCAGACGUGCCCGUCCUUGACGCGGCGGGGUUUUGGCAGGCGUCAAAAUUGAGCCUACAAAUUACGCCUACAAUUAUUCAUCGCAGGGUCUGGAACCUUGUCAAAGGGACCAAACAACGUGUCUGGGGUUCGAACGCACGGUCGGUCACGAUGGAUCGUCGUCAUAGUCCGAACGAUUUCCGGAUUGGACACGCGAUGAGUCACGCUGGAUGGGGGUCUGCUACGUCUGCAGCGGUGAACAGUGAGGAAGUAAAUGCCUUCGAGUGCCCCGUACACAAGUGCUUGGCUUCCUCCGACCGAUCGAGCCAGGCAUCCUCGACAUCCUUCGACCUGCACCGUGCCCUUGAGUUCCAGACAAAGCCGCGGAAAAGAGGAGGAGCCGUGGGCGAGCGCGAACACCCCGGGAACAAAAGAAUAAGAGCAGGUUGUGUGUGUUCCCUGGUGCUGGUUGCAUUUAGACAGAGUUGGCAAAUCAGAGCGCGCAUUAAUAAUGCAUGCCUGACUCAAAGGGCUUUCACACAGGAAGCACAGGCUGGGGUUCAGAUCACGGUAAAUAGAACAGGAGAGCCGGGCGGAGGCGUUGAAAAUAGACAGGAACUAAAAAAUCCUGACGGGCAAGCAGGUUGUAUUGAAAACAUUUGUUUUAACAUCAGAAUGUUAAACGUUUUUGUGUCCCAAGAACCUGCCAAAAAGCUAUACAGCGGCACACACGCCUUUGCUGGUGUCCUCGGCUAACAUUCAACGCUGUCGGUGAGUUUUGAGCUUCUGACAAACCAUCGACCGUUGACUGUACCCUGAGGGCAGCUGAAAGCAGCGCAGGGAGGGAAAAGAACCCCAAGAGGAACGCGUCGAGGAGCUCGUGCGGACAUCCAAGACGGGUGUCUCCUACAAUAAUGGCUGCGAUAAACAUUCAUUGCUGUCGGUGGGUUUCCAGCAAACACAACUCACUGAUCAAUGAAUGCAAACUGCGGUUUAAACACCUCAGAGCCUCGGACAGAAGAGAUCGCUUCUGGGGAUAUACAGUACUUGUGCUCUGGAUGUGAUGAAUGAAAAAAAAAGGACGUGAAUGACGCAAGUACUCAGAUAUCAUCUGACCACAAGCGGAUUCCGGGAAUUGCUAACGUUCUGUAGACUUUUUGUGUGUUCACAGCUUUUCACUAACUUACACUUCACCAGUCUCAGUGAUUUGCCAAUGUUUUGUAUACGGGAACCCCCGUAACGACAAAGAACUUCUACAAUUGCACAAACAUCCUGCAUGGAUGUAUUUACAUUCCUGGGAAGCCUCAGAGCUUUUUAUUUCUGUUUACUUUUCACCCAGUGCACAGAUUGGGCCUGAACUGAUUUUUUGGUGCUUGGCCCCCUACAUAUAAGAAUUUUAUAUUUAAUAAAAAAGUGGGUUGUGAGAUUGUAACCAUUGUAACAAAAGAGAAAUAAAAUCACAGACCAA